UGAUGCGUCACUGCAACGGCUUGCUCGAGGUGCUGAAUAAGGAGAGAGGUGCCUUCAUCAAGAUUCGAGAGGACCACAAUGCUGUCAGCAAAUCCUUCCGAAUCCGAAUCCAAGAGAUGGAGAAACUCUUCCAGGCGGAGAGUAGAGCCGAAAAGGUGAUGGCUCUGACCCACAACCUACAUACCGAGUUGCUUAAUCACGUGGAAGUGCUCCAGGUCUCUAUGCGGAGUUACAGGCAGUAUCUGGAAGAAGCUUUGGGGAAACUACGAGAUUCUAACACGGACUUCCUAAAAGCCUGCAGACUCUUUGCAGAUGGUGGAAACUUUUCCCCUGAGGAGCUAGAAGUCUUCAUGAAACAGUUGCAGAAAGAGCACGGGCGCAUAGACUUUGUCGAAGGCUUGAUCAUGAUUGACAUGGAAAAAACGGAGACCAGUUACUUGGAGGAGGCUACAGAAAUUAUCAACAAGUUCGAAAGUAAGUUUCGUUAUCUGGCCAUGGAUCGAGUCUUUUUGGAGAAAAUCCAACGGUUUCUGACCAAUAUUCAAGUGAAAAUCAAGACGGAGGUGGCCAAAUCUAACUGGCAGACCCAAACGUUGAAUUCCUACUUGGAGAAGCUCAUCAAAAGGAUAGAUGCCUGUGCCCACCCUAAUGUGGAUAAGGAAUCCAUCACGCCAGAAAGACUUUACAAGUUUGCCAAAUUUGUCAUGGAAGAAUUGAAGAAGAGAAGUAAAUAUCUCAACUGUCAACUCAGGGUGCCGGAGCCAGAGACUUCUUCUGGGCCUCUGGCCACCGCUCAGGACUCCGUAACAAGCACUGCCCCAUCGGAUAUUUCACUCCCGGAGAGCAAGGUUACUGUGAUGGGUAUGGAAUACACACCUCUCCUGAAUCCAAGCAGAAUGGGGAAGCCGGCCUUUGAUGAUGCGUCCUUCUACUUGAUCAGAAAUCUCACAGGAUAUGUGCGUGGCAGAAAGAUGACAGAAGUUCAGCAUGAAAAGGACACUGUAGGAUCACCUGGAGGAGACCGAGGAGAAUUGUCCAAUCAAGCUUCCCCACCCUUAGCUGGGGGCGUUCGUCGUGAAAGCCUUCCGGGGGGACAAAGCAAUGUACCCAUAAAGAAAUCGAGUUCCAUUACCAAAGUCUCAGGAAGCGGGACCUCCAUCCAAAAAUACACCAGACUUACUAAAGCGGACAGGAAGUUGCAGAUUUUUGGAGACAAACCGAAAGAGACAGAUUCUGACCACUUUAACGGAAUCGUCUUCAAUAUCCUGUGGGACAAUUUUGAUUGUAUCAUGAACGUUGCUGAGGAAUUCUACAAAAAGGACAAGCACCAAAUUACUAAACCAGAAUGUCUGCAAGAAACCUACGACCAGUGCAUCGAUGCCCUGGGCCAGAAGAUGCUGCUGUAUCUUUUCCAAUCAGAUGAGUACCACAUUGCCUGCAUCUCUGAGUUCCGGGUUCAGCUGAAGAAAUUUGAGGAAGAACUUCCUCACGUCGUCCGUCUGGUCAUUGGCAAACUUCUAAAAGAUCACGAACAGCUCCUUGCAGAAUCCACAGAACAAAUCCGGGGUCAUCUCCAGGACCAGCUGCAGAAUUGGACUGCUAUAAAAGACCAAAACAUGGCUAAAUUGCAUACCAGUUUGGGGCACCCUGACAAUAAGCCUGUGCUGGGAGCCUUGUGCCAAGAGGAAGAGAAGAGGCAAGAAGAGCAAAUUGAGGGCAUCCUUAUCUGUACCAACAGCCUGGAGGUCUGCGUCACAGAGUGUGCCCAAAAGUUCGUCUCCACGCUGGCCGCUUGCACUGAAAACAUCUUUAUGGAGCUGGACAACAGCCUCACUAUUGAUGAUGUCCAAAUAGGAAAAACUGAGAAAGUCCGGGAAAAAACCAUCACCCUGAUCCGCCGUAAGAAAGCUGGCCUUUCGUUAGAAGUGGAAGAACAUAAGCUGGUGGCCGAACGGGGCAGCAGGACCUGGCCUGGAAUCCCACAGACCACGAUUGCGAGUCUCCCAAAUCAAAUUAUCUUUCAAGAAACGGCUCCCGUGACAACAGCCAAAACCACUCUGGGCCACGUGGCGGCGGUGGAAGAGAGGGACGCCGUUUACGUGAAAUUCAAGGAAACGCUCGAGGCGGAGUUUGCCAGAAUAAAGGAGGAAAACUCGGCUCAUCUGAUGAAAACCCAACACUGGGCACACUGGUGGAAGAAGUCUGUGCAAAAAAUCAAGCAGCUGUAUUUGUGAAUCGACCUAACCUUCUGUAACCCACAUCUCCUUCACCCCUGUUUGUAAUGUGAAAUAUAGGCAUAUAAUUUUUACCUGUAGGAAAACAGAUAGUAGCUUGAAAUA